CAAUAGAUUUACAAACACAAUGCUACAAUACUGCGCGGAGCAAGCAGGAACUAUAUCAGACUUCCUCUUGGUGUACCUACAGGAAGCGUUAACCACCUAAAUGUCUGUGUUAAAGGCACAGACUGAUGUUCGCACACGUACUAAGGGCCUAUAGUCUCGGACACUGUGUUACUUCUGAGACAGGUUUCAGGAUGAAGUGUUCCCUGCUAUCUUGUUUGAGGGUCAAUUUGAUCUUUUGGCUGGGACUACUGCACUGUGAAAACAAUUUAACUGGUGAAGGCAAACAAAUUACUGGAAAAUCCAGGAUGGAAAAGCAGCAAUGAUUCCAUGAUAAAUAUCUUGUAGGAGACCUUUUUCCGCUGUUUGCAGGUACUCGUUGGAUACUUAUAAUGAAAAAAUACUUCACACAACUGUAAAAACUUCACCUUUCUUACAAUGUGCCAAGCAUCAUGAAGACUACAGAGCUUUGCUUCACAUAUACAUAACAUUUUGAAAAUAAUCUCUGCACACCUUACUGUGUGACAGAGACAGAAGGCAGGUGUAGUUUUGAAAAUAAUAGUCUGUCCGACGUAAUCAAAUAAAUAUUUCCGCAGCAACCAAAACCGUGUACUGGAGUUCUUCUCAUAGAUAGCUUUACAAUGUGCGCAAAACUAAAACAAAGGUUCGAUGCUGGAUUGUAGCACCCUUAUAAAAAAUGGCUGAAUCUUUAAGGUUCAGUAUUCAACUGACUUCACCAUCUGUUUUGAAUGUGCUUCACACAGGAGAAGCCAUAGUGCACACCGAAGUACAGGCCGGGCCUCUGUAUCGCGUGGUGGGCUCUCCGCUCUCCAUCUCCUGCAAUGUGAGUGGUUUUGCCAGUGACAUUACCAGAAAAGAUAUUGAAUUCCGUGUCAAGAAGCCUGAAAAACCAAAAUUUGAGAUCAACAUCAUCAGCACAGGUGACCAAAGCUUCGGCUAUGCCGUGUAUACAAGGCGCGUGAUGAGCAAAGAUAUCACUCUGACACAUGUGACUCCAAACUCAGUCUUGUUUGAGAUACAAAGCCUGGAGAAAGGUGAUGAAGGGGAAUAUCACUGUUCUGUAAUCAACUCAGAAUAUACUUAUCAUGGAACCUACAGCGCUGCGACAACAGUAAAAGUGAUCGACAACUCCCUCAGCGUUUCAUCACCUGCCUCCACCUCACUGAGCUAUAAUGAGGGUGAUGCUCUCACUUUAACAUGCCAGGCCUCCACCAACACCGUCCAGCACACCCAUCUGUCUCUUGUCUGGUAUCUCCAUAAGGACGGCGAGGACAACGCUCGCCCUAUCAUGUCUCUGAAUAGAGAUUUUACACUUAGCCCAGGCCCCGGGUUUGAAGCGCGUCACCAAGCUGGACUGAUCAGGUUAGAUAAAAUGGGAGAGGCCACGUACAAGCUAAACAUGACUCAGCUGGAGCUUUCAGACCAAGGCAGGAUCUACUGCCAGGCUCAGGAGUGGAUCCAAGAUCCUGACCUCUCUUGGUACACUAUCGCACAAAAGGAUGCAACGGAAACUACCCUGAAUGUUAAAGCCAGAGAGGUGGUGCCAGACACGUCGUCUCUGGUGGUGAGAAUCUCGGCACAGUCGGAAACUCUGCAGGAGGGGCAGGAGCUGUCGCUGUCCUGCAACGUAGACUCACAGAACCUGGAGGAAAGGUUCUUCUCUCUAGCCUGGCUCAGGGCUAAUGUUGAGUUGGCCCGCAUUGGCCCUACAGGUAUUCUGUCUGUGGGGCCCGAGUACAGUGGGCGAGAGAAAGAAGGAGAGCUCAGGGCAGCCCGGAUUGGGGAUAGAGACUACCGUCUCAUUUUGCAGCCUGUCAGAACCGAGGACCAAGGAGAGUAUAUCUGUAGGGCAUGGCUUCAGGACAGAGCCCAGGGUGGUGCCUUUACGCAGCGAGCAGUCCAGGACUCCAGCUCCCAGCUGGUCAGCAUCUCAGCCACAGAAAGUGGGCUCUCAGUUGAAAUGCAAAACACUGUGGGUGUUAACGAAGGCAACCGGCUGGAGCUCACCUGUAAAGUGCACGGGGUCAAAGAUCAGCUCUCCGUCACCUGGCAACGCAAAUCAACAGCGGCGGCCAUGUUCACUAGUGUCAUCAGUCUAACUCAGGAGGGUGUUACGGAGAAAGCGGGGAAGUUCAUGAGUCGCAAAGUAAAGGCAACGCGUCCGGCGACUGACACCUUCACCCUAGAGCUUGAUGAAAUCACGCUUUCUGAUUCAGGCGUCUACCAGUGUGCUGUGGCUGAAUGGAAAAUCAACAGCAAGACCAACAGCCAGUCACAGAUUGCCACUGUGACAGUGGCUCCUGCAGAUUCGUUUGUUAAAGUGUCUCUGAUAAGUCGCAAGAGCACAGUGACUGUAGGAGAAAAUGUGGAGUUGAUGUGCCGGGUCAGAGGGCCACGCAUACCAAUAACACUCACCUGGAGCCUGCACCGUGAUGCCUCAACCCUAGACAACAUCCUGACAUUGUACUCUGAUGGUGCCAUCAGCUGGUCUGGAGACCAGCACCGCUACCAGCUGACAGUAGAGAACAAAGAGAAUGAAGUCGUUUACUAUCUGCUUAUCAAUGGUGCGAGCCGUAGGGAGGCGGGAAACUACCAGUGUAGGGUGUCUGUCUUCCUGGAGAACUUUAACAAGAAGCUGCCUCCAUCCAACCAGCUGGCUGUUUUGGUGCAGAAGCCAGUGAGCAAGCUCGUGCUGACCACCACCCCUGCCUUGACAAUAAAUAUCAACACUGACACAGAAAUUAAAUGCUCAGUUACCUCAGAACCCUCUGCGUCCUCCCGCUAUGCUGUCACCUGGCUGCUCCAGCAGCAGGCAGAAAAUAAGACCAUUAUGAGCUCAGACCAGGAUGCCCUGGUGACAUUCGGACCCCAGGUACAGCCGAGCCACAGGCAGCGAAUCAGCAUGAAGCGCACCAAGGGCCCUAGUUUUGAGUUUAGUAUUCGGGAAGCUCGGAUCUCAGACGGCGGCUCAUACAUAUGCGAGGUGGUGGAGUGGCUGCAAGAUCCUCAUGGUGACUGGUAUCAGCUCUCACCGGUGUCCAAAACUACAGAGCUAACAGUUAUCGAGCCUGCCAACGACCUUAGUUUAGAGAAGAAUGAGCAGCCGUCGCCAGCCAGAGAGGGAGACCAGGUGGAGCUCAAGUGUAACAUCAUGUCAGGUGCAUCCGGUCCUUCUUUAUUCUACAAAGUUGCUUGGCUCUAUACUGGACUUGAUUCUUCCAACACGAAUAACCUGGUGGAGCUUGAUCACACGGGCCUGCUGAGUUACCCAGAGAACCAGGAACUCAGAGACCUGCAGGGGCGGCUUCGUCUCUCCAGGCCCACUCAGAGCAGCUUCCCUCUGGGAAUUCAGAGGGCCCAUGAGGGUGAUAGUGGGACCUACCGGUGCCAGGUGGAGCAAUACCAGCUGGACCAUGAAGGUCACUGGCAGCAAAAGGCCUCAGACACCACAGGCCCCAUCACGUUGACUGUCAAGGUUGCAGAAAACAACCUGUCCAUUGUGAAGGAAGAAAGGUCGUUGAACAUAAGCAGAUCCCAGGAUUUCCCCAUCCCCUGUCAUAUCGCCAAUCAAUCCAGCAGUCACUCUGAGUUCCAGGUCACAUGGUUUUGGCGGAAAGAGACAGAAACUGAACAACACCCUAUAUUCACAGCUUACCGCAACUCCACCCUACAGGACAGGUUUGGUAAGGGUGAUCAGCUAAGAUUUGGCCACCCUUUGCCCGAACUAUUCAGCCUUACAUUCUUGAAGCCAAGCCCUGAAGAUAGUGGCCUGUAUUUCUGUGAGGUAGAAGAGUGGCUCCCAUCUCUGUCUCAUGGGUGGAGGAAGCUUGCAGUGGAAAACUCAGGAUAUUUGACUGUUAAUGUCUAUGCAGAAGGAGAUGUCAAAGCCAUCUCUGAGCCAGAAUGCAAGUCGGAUAUCUGGAUUUGGAUUGUUAUAGCUUUCGUCGUCUGCUCGCUGUUGGUCAUGUUCCUAAUGCUGCUGAUGUUUUGCAGAAGCAAAGUCUCAGGACGAAACAAGUCAGGUCAAAAUCUGUGGGUAGAGCAACACCCACUGAAAACCAAACCCAGUGAAGAGGACUGAACCUCAUAGACCAGAAGAGGAGAUGAGAGGAGAGGGGGAAGAAAUGCACUUCUAAUUUUUUAUGUGGCAUGUAAUAUAUGCAAUGUUUUAUAAUUCAAAAAGUUGCACUGUAAAUAUAUUUGUAUUAAUUGUUAUUCAAAGUUCAACAGUUAUCAGUUAAAUGAAUAUGUUGAUAAUAAAAAAAUAAUUGUAUAAAUGUUUUACUGCCCCUGCAGCUGGAAAUAAUUUUGCCUUUAUGAAUUAAUGAAAUUCAUUAAACCUUUAAAAUUAAACAGGAACUCUUCAUUUCACAGCUAAAAUGUAUCACCAGCAUAAAUAGCAGCUUCUUACUGCCUGCAAUGGACGGUUGAGCUAACCAGGAGAUUAACUUAUCGACUUCACACCUACAAAGCAACAUGUUCUGACUGACAAAUUCUUUCUUUAUGUAGCAACAUACCAGGCAGCUUGAUACUUUGUCUUUAAAGGGGAGAAGUCAAAGCAUAGCACAAGGGAGCAGCUAAACACAAUGUGUGGUAAGAUUUGAAACUUUUCUUUCCAAGUAACACAGAAAUGAAUCAACCAGGAAGUGCUCUGAGGUUCUACAAUAACAUAGGAUGACUGUGUGGUCUGCAAAUGUGCUGAGACGUGAGUGUGGCAAGCAUUUGUGCAGACUGAGUCACCGUUUAUGCAAUGGAGGUAUAAAAUCUGCUAAUGCAAACAUUUAAUUUGUGUGUGAUUCUGGAUGUUUCACCAGAUGAAAAAUGGAAGUAGUAUGUGUAUGAAUGUGCUUCAAGGAGUCUGCGCUUAA